AUGGCUGCAAAUCGGUAUUCGUUCUCAAUUGCGCCAUCUUUAUUCAGCGGUAUAUUCACAGCAUAUUUCAUACCGACAUUUACUGAUUCACAUAUAAGCAUUACAUCUGUCACAAGGAAAGGUUUGCAACGGAUCAGUACGAUUUCACGUUUUUAUCGCGGAUCGAUGAUUUAUGCUUAUAACAGUUCGAUCAACGAUCCCUCUACAAUGUACAUAUCGGGCGCAUCGCCAUUUCUGAUUUUGUUAUCGAUGCGAACACAUUUGAAACAAAUCCCUUACGAAAGUUUUGCUUGUACGAUGCUUAUGCCACUGCCAGAUGAAGCUUAUUCUCAAAUAGCACUUCGAGAUGAUUUUAACGCUCAUUUUGCUCCUUUGGAUUCUUCAAAGGAUUACCGAACUGAAAUCUUCUUAGCAGCACCAAUGCAAAAUUGUCAGUCUUUCACCGUUAUUACAUUUCGUCCCAAUAGCACAAAGCUAAUUGACGUCAAACCCGACGUGAUCUCCGAUGACGUUGCCAUGGAAUGGGGUCAUCGAGCCAAUGAUGCAAUCGUUGGCUAUGCUUCAAGGCUUACUUUUACAUUUGUUAUACUUUAG